AUGGACGCAGAGAAGCAUGAUCAAAAGGGCGUUGACCCUCAGCUCUAUGCUGCCUCGGGCUCUGCUGAUGAGGAGGUUGGUGUCGUCCACAAGGGGGAGGCCCUCCACCAGGACCUGAAGAGUCGACACAUGCAGAUGAUUGCUAUCGGUGGCGCGAUCGGAGCGGGUCUAUUCGUUGGCUCAGGAAGCGCGUUGCAAACGGGAGGUCCCGCUGCGUUGAUCAUCGGUUACCUCAUCGUCGGUUUUAUGCUGCUGUUCACCAUGCAAGCCCUGGCUGAGCUCAGUGUGCUUUAUCCCGUGAACGGCGCCUUUUAUACCUACGUUGUUCGAUUCAUCGACCCUUCCUGGGGCUUUGCUAUGGGCUGGGAUUACGCCCUCGCUUGGCUGACCGUCCUCCCCUUCGAACUCAUCGCCGCCAGCAUCACGAUCCAGUUUUGGCGAACCGACAUUAACAUGGGUGUUUGGGUUGCGGUCUUCCUCGUGGUCUUGACCGUUAUUCAGUUUUUCGGUGUCAAGGGCUAUGGUGAAGUCGAGUUCGUCCUCUCCAUGAUCAAGAUCGCCGCCUGUACCGGAUUUAUCAUUCUCGGUAUCGUCAUCAACUGUGGCGGUGUCGGUGACCAGGGCUACCUGGGGGUUAAGUACUGGCACGACCCAGGCGCGUUCCGCAACGGCUUCAACGGUUUCGCUGGCGUCUUCGUCUUGGCCGCUUUCGCUUUCGGUGGCACUGAGCUGGUUGGUCUGGCUGCUGCCGAGUCUGCCAACCCCCGCAAGGCCAUUCCCCAGGCUACGAAGCAGGUUUUCUGGCGUAUCGCUUUCUUCUAUAUCGUGAACCUGUUCAUCCUCGGUCUCAUCGUUCGCUCCGACAACCCGCGUCUCGUUGGUUCGUCUGGUGCUGACACUAAGGCCUCGCCCUUCGUUAUCGCUAUUCAGGAUGCCGGCAUCAAGGGUCUUCCUUCGGUUAUGAACGCUGUCAUCACCAUCUCCGUCAUCAGCGUCGCCAACUCUUGCACCUUUGGCUCGACCCGUACCAUGCAGGCAAUGGCCGAGCGCGGUAUGGCCCCUGGGUUCCUGUCAUACGUCGACAAGAAGGGCCGCCCGUUGUGGUGUAUCCUUGUCCAGCUUGUCUUCGGUCUGCUGGCCUUCGUCGGUGAGGCCGAGUCGCAAAGCGAGGUUUUUAGCUGGCUGCUAUCUCUGUCCGGUCUGUCCUACUUCUUCGUGUGGGGUACCAUCUGCUUGACGCACAUCCGAUUCCGCUAUGCUUGGGAGGCCCAGGGCUUCAGCCUCGCCCAGAUCCCGUACAAGCCUGCUCUUGGUGUCUACGGUAGCUACAUUGGGCUGUUCCUUAACUGCCUUUGCUUGGUUGCCACUUUCUAUAACUCCCUCUACCCGAGCCCCGAUGCCGUUCCUGACGCCCAGACCUUCUUCAAGGGCUACAUGGCAUGCCCAAUUGUCAUAGUCCUUUACCUGGGCUGGAAGAUCUGGACCAGAAACUGGGCCUUGUACGUCAAGGUCCACGAGAUGGACCUCAGAUCCGGGGCACGCAUGAUGGAACCUGAUGAUGAGGAGCCGAUGCCCGAGAAGACGUGGAAGAACCUUCCCAUGCGCAUGGUGCGAGCCUUGAUCUAA